AUGUGUAUCGGAAUUAUACGUCUUCAGCAACGGCUACGGUGGAUUCGCCGGGUCAAAUGUUAUCGAUUAGAUAUAUUAGAUAAAUGUCGAAUACGAACGUGAUUUUCCAAUGCAUUUUCAGGUGUGGAUCAUGUACAACACGGAGGCUCCGUAUUCGACGAAAACCGUGAAACACGAGGAUCGCGACGCGUUCAACUGGACCGCCAAUUAUCGUUGGGACAGCGACAUACCGAUUCCUUACGGAUACUACUCGAAAUACAGCGAAUCGCCGGCGGGCUUGAAAAAUGUGCACGUUAAUCAUGCGGAAGGCAAGACGAAAAAAGUCGCGAUGUUCGUGUCGAACUGUCACGCGCACAGCGGCCGUCUUCAAUACGCCCGCGAACUUUCCGAACACAUUGCGGUCGACAUAUACGGCAGAUGCGGUACGAUGACGUGUUCGAUAACGGACGAAUCCGCGUGUUUCGACAUGUUGGCCAGAGACUAUAAAUUCUAUUUGUCGUUCGAAAAUUCGCUGUGCCAUUAUUACAUAACGGAAAAACUUUUUAGGAACGCGUUACAGUGAGUGUAUUGUUUUAGAUUCUGCCGAGUGUAUGUUUAGUUAACGGUGUAGGUAGCGCCGAUGUCGUUCACAGUGUGCGCCGUCCUCGUAUUGCGAACGGCAAAUUCACUACUGCCGGUUAUGGUUGUUCGAUUAUCAAACGUGUAUGGACAUCAUCUUAGGUGCUUUUACGAGAGUUGUACGAAAUAUCAAAGCUAAUAAUGCCUACGAUAACGCCAGUUUAGAAUUGAAAUUUCGAAAAAAUAACGCAAACGUCGCACAGACAAUGCUCAUAACGUUAUGUUUGACGAUAGGUCAAUUCGUUCUAAUAUUGAAAUGCACAACGCAACGUUGUCCUUGCUGGCCGAAAAAUUACUAUACCGUAUGUUUGUGAGACGGAGAAGGGAACAUUAUGUCUUAUGUGUUUUAUCGUAAAUAAUUUCCAUUCGUGUUUCGUCUUCGUCGCCUACAGUACACCAUAAUACACCCAUGUACGAUUCCUAUGUAAAACACUUCGAAUUUAGAUUCCAAUAACCUAUGAAACUAUAUAUUGGUUUUAUUAAAAUGUGUUUUUUUCUUUCGGUUCAUAAAAACGUUCCGAAUUGUUCACGCUUAGUGUUAAAUUCAGGUAUACGUCAGGUGGGGCAAUAUCCCCUCCUGGUACUUUGUGCGUUCCCCCUGUUAAAUGUAGGUAAUUUUACUCAAAUUGGACUGGUCUUAGUUAGUGCGUAGAUAAGUAAAAAAAUAGGAAUUAUUUCGAUUAAUAGUUUCCAUGCCGUCAAAUCAUUAAAUUAUAAAAUACUAUUCUAAGGAACAACGUGUUGCCGAUCGUUAUGGGACCGGGCCGGGCCGAUUACGAAAUGGUGGCACCGAAAAAUUCGUUCUUGCACGUCGACGAUUUCGGUUCACCGAAAGAGUUGGCCGAAUAUCUGCACGUACUCGAUCAAAGCCCAAGCAUGUACAACGAAUUUUUCCAGUGGAAAAACAACGGAUCGAUCACCACGGACACGAGGUUUUAUUGCCGACUUUGCGCGAUGUUACACGAUGAGCAACGGCCCCGAAAACACUACGAAAAUUUCCCCGAAUGGUGGGAUGGUUUAGGAGUCUGUCAAAAAAAAUAUUAA